UCAUGGGGGUAUCUCUCUUCGCUUCAAUUUAUCGAUCAAUUGCAACAAAUUAACAGAUUUGUUGAAGUUCCAACAGAAGAUUGUGCUUUCAGUGAUCUUCUCUGGAGUGAUCCGUUACAGUAUGAAGUGUAUGAUGAGAAGUAUGAGAAUGGAGAUAUCAAUGACGAUUGGUUUGAUGUGAAUUACUUACCAAAUGAGAGUCGAGAGUGUUCCUAUUAUUAUGGGUACAAUGCUGUUCGGUCCUUUUUAAUGAACAAUGAUUUGCGAGCAAUCAUCCGAGCCCAUGAGUGUGUUGAUGGUGUCCAACAACACGACUUUGAAAGUGAAGAUCGUAUACCAAUCAUGUUCACAGUAUUUUCGUCAGCUGGGUACAAUGGAAAUAACAAAGCGGGUGCUAUGUUAAUUAAAGACGAAGGAAUGACCGUCAAAUUAUACGAGUACUUUAACCCUGUUUUUAAACAACCAUUCUGCUUUAAUGCCUUCGACUAUUCUCUUGGAGAAUUUUUCUCACAACUGCAGUCUGAAUACUCUAAGAUGAUGUUAUAUGCUUUUGACCCACAAGAAGAAGAUGAAGAAGAGUAUGAACCGGCUAUCCCGACUAAAGAAGAUGAGCUUGAAAAAUUGGAUUCCAUGUUAAAAAGUUUGGACACGGACUUAUCCAUCAAACUUGCUGACGCAUCAAGUACAACUGAUACAGAAAGUAGUCUGAAAAAUGAAAAUAUAACACGUGAAAAUGCAGAACAGCUCAGUUCUGGGUUACUUCAGUCCCGUUUAGAUGGUAACGGGACUGAAACUCAGAAAGUAGAGACCGAUAAUUGUAACACACUUCAAAGUCAAAAGGAAGAGCCACAAAAGCAUCAAAAUAACAAAGGAAGUGCGCAACCCAUGCCAACUCGACCUUCUACAAACAAAACUACGCCACAAUAUGGCUUUAAAUCACGACGGGCGAUGUUAUCGAUGUCACAAGGUGAAGACGUUUCUUCCAUGCCAUCGACUAGUAUCAUAUUAGGGACCAAUCAGAACAAGCGAUUUUUAUCAUUAAGUGGCGGAGAAAGGAAGAAGUCGACACUCAAAAGUCGAUUUGAGAAGUUCUAUGACUCCGUUCCACCAACUUUGGCGCAAUUACGAGAGUAUUGGAAUUCAUCUUUAAAAGAGUCGCAAUCGAUCAAAAACACUCCACUAGAGUCUGAGAAGUGUUCAUUGAAUGACUCAGGAAAUUCAAUAUUGAUUAAUUAA